AUGUCGGAUUCCAAUUCUUUAAUAGUUACAAUCGCAGCUAUUGUUGGCCUUGGUCCGUACACCCAUGAUAGAAAACUCUUAAAGAAAGAAAACAAAAGUGUGGUUGAUGCUUUGGCUUCGACACAGGAUGACGUAUUUAAGUAUAUAAAAAACAAAUCUUUAUCUGAAAUAAUGGUGAAAGCUUCUGACGACAAUCUUGAACCUGUCCCUUAUCAGCUUUUUAAGGAUUGGAACAAGGAUGAAAGUUUUAUUUGUGUGAAGGCGAUGAGCACUUUCUUGGAAAGGCUUGACGAUAUAAAAAAGGGAAAAGUCAAAAAAUGUUAUGAAAAGGCCGAACCAGAAAUUCCUUCAAAAAAAGCUUCUACCAAUGCUGUUGCUCCAACUUUUCCAAAGAAGAGUGGAAAGAAGAUACCAAAUACAAGUUUACUAGCGAAAUUGCUCGAGUCCAAGAUCUGA